CCUAGUUCUGUUGCUGUAGUGACGCUUUACGGCAUUUGGAUCAUGGCGGAGUCGCUGAACGGUGUACAGUUGAGCACGAAAUGGCAGGAGGCUUCAAACAGAGGGGCUGCCAUACUCAGCUAUUUAGGGGAGCAUGUCCCUCUAAUUUAUUGUCUGGAGAUAGCGCCACAACAAGGGGAGGAGGAGCAAAAGGUUGAGCAACGCCUCCUGUAUCCUCUGGAGUGCUUCCUUUUUGGAGAGGACCCCUGUGUCGGCCUGGAGAAGCUACAGCAAUACAACAGCAGCUCAUCAGCUCAGCAAUGUGGACGUGUCUUUAAAGAAGGCGAGACCGUCUAUUCCUGCAGAGAUUGUGCAAUAGAUCCCACCUGUGUACUCUGCAUAGAAUGCUUCCAGAAGAGUGUGCACAAAAGUCAUCGCUACAAGAUGCAUGCCUCAGCAGGAGGAGGUUUCUGCGACUGUGGAGAUUUGGAGGCUUGGAAGACCGGACCCUGCUGCUCCCAACACGACCCUGGCACUUCAGUUACUAUGGAAACGGAUGAGUGUGUGAUGGAUCCAGGCAUUCGAGAAAGGGCUCAGAUGCUGUUCCACCUGCUUCUGCGGUACACGGCGGACAUGCUGGUUUGGGAAGAAACCAAUGAGCUAUCAGAGGAGCUGAAGCCAAAAGUGAAGGAAGACACCUACUUCUGUGUGCUCUACAACGAUGAGCAUCACUCGUAUGAUCACGUCAUCUACACACUUCAGCGCGCGAUCGCCUGUGACCAGAAUCAGGCCCAAAUCUACACUGCACUUAUUGACAAGGAAGGGCGGAAAGCAGUGAAGAGAGGUACUCUCAGAUCCUGUCAACAAGCCAAGGACAAUAUCAGGCGUAACUCAGAGCACAUUAUCCAGAUACCUUUGCGAGUGGAGAUCCUUCACACUGCUGUAAUGGCUCAUCAGACCUUCGCCCUCAGACUUGGAGCAUGGUUCCAGAAGAUCAUUGGCUAUUCGGUUGGCCUCAGGGAGGUGUUCUGCCAGGUGGCUUUGGAGCCAGCUGCUGACAACAAUAAACUCUGCCUGAUCAGUCGACUCAUGCUGCACGACGCCAAACUUUAUAAAGGAGCUCGCAAGGUUGUCCACGAGUUAAUUUUCAGUAGUUUACUGAUGGACACAGAAUUCAAGAGGCUGUUUGCCAUGAAAUUCACAGAGCACUACAAGCAACUUCAGGAAGACUUUAUCAGUGAUGACCAUCAGAGGAACAUCUCAAUCACAGCCUUGUCUGUGCAGAUCUUCACUGUUCCCACUUUGGCCAGGCAGUUGAUAGAGGAGGGCAGCGUCAUCAAGGUCAUUAUAGACACUGUAAUGGAUAUGUUGAGGGCACAUCUGGACAGCAACAACCGCUUCCAAUUCCAGGGCCACAACCCUGACAAGUUCUUCCGGGUUCAAGUUAUCUUCCAUGACCUCAGGUACAUUCUAAUCAGUAAGCCCUCUGUGUGGACUGAGACGUUGAGGGUGAAGUUCCUCGAAGGUUUACACAUCUUUCUUCGCUUCUUAUGUUGUAUGCAGGGGAUGGAGGAGGUGAAGAGGCAGCUUGGUCAGCAUGUUGAGGUGGAGCCCGAGUGGGAGGCGGGAUUUACCCUCCAGAUGCAGCUGCGCCACAUUCUCGCCAUGUUUCAGGACUGGUGUUCUUCUGACGAGAGGGUUCUGUUGUUGGCCUUUCAGGAGUGUCACAGAGCUCUAAUGUCCUGCACCAACCAGCCCUUCCGCAGCGAGCCGACAGACAGCUACAUGUGCAAGCAGAUCCUCCACGCACGCCCAUAUAAAGUCUCCCAGGAGCCCGUCUCCAUCCAUCUGCCCAUCACCAGACUCCUGGCCGGUUUAUAUGUGCUGCUGUGCCAGACUGGAGCAAUCCAAUACCUCCCUGACUUUGUGGAUCCUGUGCAGCUGAACUUCACUGAGCUGGCGGAGCAGCCUCUGCGCUGUGUUGUGCUGGCGGCUCAGGUGUGUGCUGACAUGUGGCGCAGAAACGGCCUGUCUCUCGUCAGCCAGGUGUAUUACUAUCAGGAUGUUAAGUGCAGGGAUGAAAUGUUUGAUAAGGAUGUUAUCAUGUUGCAGAUUUCUGCUGCCAAAAUGGACCCCAAUCAUUUCCUCAUGCUUGUUCUUUUGAGAUUUGAACUUUUUGAUGUUUUUAAUGGCAACUCCUCCAGUAAAGAUCAGGAAGUACUGAAACAGUGGAAUAGGUUAACAGAGGAGAUGCUUUACCUGAUAAUCGUCAUUGUAGGUGAACGGUACGUGCCUGGAAUCAGUCAUGUGACUAAGGAGGACGUGACUAUGAGGGAGGUCAUCCAUCUGCUUUGUAUUGAAUCCAUGGCUCAUAGCAGCCUGGUUAAAAGCCUGCCUGAAAAUGAAAGCCAUGAAACUGGGCUUGAAACUGUCAUCUCUAAGGUUGCCAUUUUCAAGAAACCAGGAGUGUCAGGCCAUGGCUUGUAUGAACUGAAGAAGGAAUGUCUGAAAGAGUUUAACCCCUUCUUCUAUCAUUAUUCCAGACCACAGCAUAGUAAGGCAGAAGAGGCUCAGAAGAAGAGGAGAACCCAUGAGGGCAGUGAUAAAGCCCUCCGUCCCCCAGUGCCUCCUCCCUUCUGUCCAGCAUUCUCAAACAUAGUGUGCCUGCUCUGCUGUGACAUCUUCAUCCUUAUUCUGAAGAGAAUCUUCCAGAAAGCAGCGGAGGACCGUUCCAACCGAUGGACUGAACCCAUGAUCCAGAGGGCCCUGCACCUUGUAGGCCAGGCUCUACUGGAGGAAAAAACGCAGUUGGAAAGCAGCAGUACUGAGGAAGUGACCUUUGACUUUAGUCAGAAAGCACAGAAAACUGGUUCAGAACACGGCAAAUCUUUGUUCCACUUCCUGACCAAAAUAAAGUCUUUACCUUCUCUGAAAGCUCAGAAUGACAUGAUCAUGUGGAACUUACAGAUGUUUGAGGUGGUGAAGUGUCUUCGGGAGAAAUCCGGUCCUGUAGCUUCAUUUUCUGUGGAUCACAGCAAGUUGGAGGAGAGUGUUCAGGAUAAAGAGAAGGCCGAGCGCAAGAGGAAAGCUGAAGCUGCUAAAGCCCACAGGCAGAAGAUCAUGGCUCAGAUGUCAGCCAUGCAGAAGAACUUCAUAGAGUCCAACAAGAUGCUUUAUGACAACGUGCCUGAGAGCUCGAGUCAGAGCGACACCGCUGCAUCUGUGGACAGCUUCAGGAUGGAUGUGGAUGAGAGCAGGGUGGCUGUGGGGCCUCAGCAGGGCGUUUGUUCUGCAGACUGGGAGACUCAGAUCUGCAUCCUGUGUCAAGAGGAGCAGGAGGUUCAGGCUCAGGCACCAGCCAUGGUCCUUACAGCUUGUGUGCAAAGAUCUACUGUUCUCACCCAGAACCGUGGAAAGACACUCUCCCCUAAAGUUGGAAACUAUCCCCUGUUCAUGCCCCCUGAUCUGGCUGUGGGAACACACACCGGCAGCUGUGGGCAUGUGAUGCACGCCACCUGCUGGCAAAAGUACUUUGAAGCUGUGCAGAACACCACUCGGAAUCGGCUGCAUGCAGAUCUGAUCAUAGACCUGGAGAACGGCGAGUACAUGUGUCCACUCUGCAAGUCCCUCUGUAACACUGUCAUCCCUCUGAUCCCUGUGGAGCCCAGCAGGCUUAAUUAUGAGAGUGCUGAGUUAGUUGGUCAGCAUCUCACUCUGGAGCGCUGGAUUCAGAUUAUGUCUUCUCGGAUCAGAGGUCUGAGAGGUACAUGGGAAACAGGCAGUAACAGUGAGGAAGCGGCUGAGGAAGCAGUGGCACUUUUUGAUGAGUGUCAAGCUGAAUUCAGAUCCAUUCUCAGUUUUGGAGUUCAAGAGCCGCCGAAGUUCUCUCGCAGUAUCACAGAGAUGUUGGGGGUCUGUGCGACCACAGUGCACAGGGUGGGACUGCAGACCGCUCCCAAUGACCUGUGCCCGCACGUGCCUGUCAUGUCCUGGAACACAUGUGCCUACACCAUCCAGGCCAUUGAAAAUAUGUUACAGGAAGAAGGGAAGCCUCUUUUUGGAUCCCUCCAGAACAGACAGCUGUCUGGACUCAAAGCAUUAGUGCAGUUCUCAGCUGCUCAGAGGCUGAAGAGCAGGCAAGCUGUCAUACAAAAGCAUUUUUCUGAUAUGUUAGCAGUCCUGGUACCUGUUCCUAAUGUAGAAAACACACCAUCAAUAUUAGAAGUGGACUUCUUUCAUCUACUGGUGGGGUUGGUUCUGUCCAUCCCAGCGUUGUAUCAGGAAGAGGCUGUAGACCUGCACCCUUCAGCAGUCAGCACAGUGUACAAUCACCUCUACCUGCUGCACCUGCUCACUAUGGCACACAUGCUGCAGGUCCUGCUGGCCUCACACGAUUGUGCUGUAAUAGGAGGGUCAGGGGAGGGCGAUGAGGCCCAGGCUGCAGCCGAACUCUUCUCUAUUGUGUCUCAACACACAGACAGGUUGAGGGCUGGUGUGACUGGUUUCUGUGUAGAGGGUGUAAAGAGAGGUGUGCUUCCCUUCCUGCGCUGUGCUGCACUGUUCUUCAAUUGCCUUACAGGAGUGCCCCCUCCAGAGGAGCUGUCCGGUACUGCAGAGUCACCUGAAAGUCAGCUGCAUCUGUUGUGUAGUUACCUCUCCUUGCCCUCCAACCUGUUUCAACUGUUUCAGGACCACAGGGAUGUUGUAACCACCUUAAUAAAGAGGUGGUGUGAGAAUACAGCCAUAUCCAAAGCCCUCAAAGGUGAAAUGCAAAUCAUCAGGUAUCCUCGUAAGAGAAACAGGCUAAUAGAUCUUCCAGAGGACUAUAGUGUGUUGCUCAAUCAAGCUAGUCACUUUAAAUGCCCAAACUCAUCAGAUGACGAGCGAAAGCACCCGACUCUGUGUCUUCAGUGCGGGGUCAUGCUGUGUGCGCAGAGCCCCUGCUGUCAGGAGCAGCUGAACGGGGAGGAAGUGGGCGCGUGUACGGCUCACGCUGCCACUUGUGGGGCUGGAGUGGGAAUGUUUCUCAGGGUUCGAGAGUGUGAGAUCAUCUUGAUGGCCAGUAAGACACGGGGAAGUCCCUAUCCAGCACCUUACCUUGACGACUAUGGAGAAACAGACCCUCAGCUUGGGCGUGGGAACCCGCUGCAUUUGUGUCCAGAGCGCUACCGCAAGUUGCUUCAUAUGUGGCAGCAGCACUGCGUCCUGGAGGAAAUCGCACGCAGUCUGGAGGUCCUCAACGUCAUGUUCCCCUUUGAGUGGCAGAUGCUUUGAGCUCCAAGACGGCCAGAGGAAGUUCACAAUGCGAGAAUCAAGACACACCGACUUCAAGGAGUAAUAAACUCCCUCACUUCUCUACUUACUGCUGUCCAUGUUUUCCAGCAGCUAGUGCAUUAUGGGUAGUCACACUAAACAGGCCCAUAGAAGCUAUUAAAGAAGUGAAUGUGUUCUCUCGGCUCUUUAUUUAUUUAGCUUGGGUUGCAGAUCUACACUUGUUUUAGAACUUCAGCUUUUUCUUUUUGCUCAAUAUGGUGUUUUUCCAUUUGUUUUCAGGGUGUAAAGAUUUAUUGCAGGGCUUGUGUCUCUACAAAACCCAAACAGAUUGUUUUUUUUUUGUUGUUGUUUUUUUUAACCUAUGUGAAAUGCUAGUCCUUUCACCCUGCUACAGCCUUUUUGCUCUUUCUUUCAUCUGUGUGAGAAAUGUAUUCAUGUGAAUAUAAUAUAUCUAUGUACUACUUUAUGUAAAGCUGCCCUCAAAAAAAAAAAAAAAAAAGUAUAUUCAGUGCUUGAGUAAAAAGCUGUUUUGCAAAUUAUGUUCUCAGGUGAAUCUCACAGAAACAUGUCCGGGUCACAUGCUACACCUUAUUAAAUAAGUCAUAUUUUUCAUAAAAAUACAGUUUUUCAUUAACAUUUUAUGUUUUAUUUUAAAAUUCUCAUCAUUAUUAUUACAGUAAAAUUACUAUAUACUUUUAAAAAUUAAAUCAGCAUGAGGCCAAAAGAUGACAAAUGAACAUAAAAAAAAUAGUAAAAUUAAUAUUACAUUUUUCUUACAGUGACACUGGGAUUUGUUACAGUAAUGAAUUUGGUGGAAAAUAAUCUCGAUGCAAAUGAUGUUAAUAUUUCUAAUAAUAGGCAUCAUUUAAUUUAAGCUAAUUUUCUUAUUUCUUUUGUUUUUGAGGUAAAAUAUGACCCAGGCAUAUUCUUGACAGGUUUCAUGAGAUUCACUCAUGCUAUGGAUGUCACAUGAACAUGUAAAUAAACAAUAAUGUAUAAUUAGAUGAUGCUAUUUUGCUAUAAGAAUGCAGCUGUGAUUUAAAUUAAGAAACAAAAUGUCAAUCACAUAAUCACAUGCAACAAUGUAAAUUCAAGUUUACUCCACUUGUCAAUAUGUACUAAAUCAAACACAAGUGCUUUUCUUGAGUGUCAGUCCAAGUCCAGAUUUUUUUUUUUAUUCCACUCAUGAUCUGGUUCAAGAUGUAAGACCUUUUAAUUUGCACUUGGCUUUAAACAUCUUAUGUACAUGAAAUAAACUACUGAGUGAUAUCACUAUUCUGAUGGAUCUCUUUCACCUCA